AUGCUUCAAGCAAUCGGAGGGCCUGUGCCCCCGAAUACUGAUCAUGCUGUUAGUGUAUCGCUUCCGACAUGGAGGGCUACUGUCGGCUACGAGGAGGGAGCCGACUGGGUCGUGAGCAAGAUGCAAUGCGGCUAUCCUCGAUUCUUUGUGCACCCUCGCAUUCAGCAGCUCGCCCAAGAAAUCGUUCGUCGCGUCGGAAACCCCGAGUCAGAAACCGCUACUCUCUUCGCAUCCCUCAAGACCGCGCGCAUCUGCCAUACGUUCAUUCUGUCCAAGGUCUCUCCGGAAGAGGCGCAAAACGUUCGGGUUGUGAGCUUCGUUCCCUCCCAGCAGACCGAAGAAGAAUCGACCACAAUUACGUCCUCUUUGGUGGCUGUGGUCUAUCAGAAAGAAUUUGCACCCAUUGCCAAGCAGGUGUGGCAGCAUACUGGCAAUGGCAUUUCAAGUCGUCGGGGCGAGUUCUGCCUUCGUGCCUUGGAGGAUGGGUUCCUCGUGGAGGAGCAGAAGUCUACAACUUCCGAGACUCUUUCGCAGCGGCCCUGGCAAGGGAUCUUCGAGUGGAAUCUCGCGUGGCUCCUCCGCCUCUACUCCCACACCCACGGACACCCCCCGGCGACCAAUCGCGUUGAAGACGGCCGGGAUAACGCUCAAUUCAUUGAGGAGCGCUUCGGUCGUAACCUCAGCACUAAACUGGCCGAUCAGGCCAAACUUGCUGUCCGGAAGCGUAUUGCGGGUGUCUUGACUGCCGACGUUGAGCUGCCCGAAGCUCUUGAAACCUCGUCAUCCGAAGGUCGAGUCUCCGGUAUUUCGGAGAACGAUGUCCUUCUGUAUCCCUCUGGCAUGAGCGCCAUCUUCAACUCGCAUCAAACAUUGAUGAGUGCACGUGGUCCCUUGAAAAGCAUUUGUUUCGGAUUCCCGUAUACCGACACGUUGAAGACCCUGCAGAAGUGGGGGCCAGGCUGCUUGUUCUAUGGCCAUGGCUCAUCGGAAGACCUGGAUGAUCUUGAAGCGCGACUGAAGAAUGGUGAAAGAUUCCUUGGGCUCUUUACUGAAGCCCCUGGUAACCCUCUGCUUAGAACUCCCGACCUGGUGCGGAUCAAAGCUUUGGCCGACCAGUAUGAUUUCGCCGUGGUCGUCGAUGAGACCAUUAGCAAUUUCCUCAACAUCAAUGUGCUUCGAUAUGCAGAUAUCGUCGUCAGCAGUUUGACAAAGAUUUUCAGCGGGGAUAGCAAUGUCAUGGGUGGCAGCGCGGUUCUAAAUCCGCAAGGCCGCUACUAUAAGCUGUUGCAGGACACCUUUGGUCGCGAAUUUGAAGACAUCUACUGGGCGGAGGACGCCGUCUUCUUGGAGCGAAACAGUCGAGAUUUUGUCGCCAGAAUUGAACAGAUUAACUUGACGACCGAAGAUAUCACUGCCAUGCUGAAGGCUUCUCCUUUAGUCAAAGAUGUCUACUAUCCCAAAUACAGUCCAACGAGGCCCCUCUACGAUAGCCUCCGUACCCCUAACGGCGGCUACGGUGGCCUAUUCUCUGUCACCUUCCACUCGACUGAGGAAUCCAUUGCGUUUUUUGAUACCCUUGAGGUUUUCAAGGGCCCUAGUCUUGGCACAAACUUCACCCUCAGUUCUCCAUAUGUUGUUCUUGCCCAUUACCUUGAACUUGACUGGGCGAGAUCUUUUAACGUUGACCCUGACCUGGUCAGGAUCAGUGUCGGACUGGAGGAAGUUUCCGAUCUGCGUUCUAGAGUCCAAAGAGCUCUGGAUGCAGUGGAGAAGGCGAAAAAGUAG